GGAACCGGAACGUCACUAAUGACACGUAUUCAAAAUGGCGGCCGGGGCUAUGGAGACGUGGCGGGCCUUGCUGCUACUAGCCCUACUUCCUGUGGGCGGGGCCUUCUACGUUCCUGGAGUUGCUCCUCAGAACUUCCAUGAAGGUGCUCAAGUAGAAAUCAAGGCAGUGAAGCUGACCAGCUCCCGCACUCAGCUUCCAUAUGAAUACUACUCUCUGCCUUUCUGCAAGCCUGAGUCUGUUUUAUACAAGGCUGAAAACUUGGGCGAGGUCUUACGUGGAGACCGGAUCGUGAAUACACUGUAUAAUGUAAAGAUGAACGAGGAAAAAAAAUGUGAGCUGAUGUGUGGCAAGAAGACGCUGAAAGUGGAGGAGAGCAAACUGGUGGCUGAACGCAUCCAGGAGGAGUAUUACGUUCAUCUGAUUGCAGACAACCUUCCAGUGGCCUCCAGGUUGGAGUCUUACCCCAGCAGAGAAGCUGGAGGGGAUGAGGGGCAGAAGAAGGUCGCAGACAGAGAUGUUCUGUUUGAGCAUGGCUACAGACUGGGCUUCGUCGACAACAACAAGUUUUAUCUGCACAACCACCUGUCCUUCAUCCUGUACUUCCACAGUGAGAAAAUGGAGGAGGGAGAGACCCACAACUACAGAGUGGUUCGCUUUGAGGUGAUACCUCAGAGUGUCAAAGUGGAAGAUCUGAAGGCUGCUGAAACGAGUAAAACUUGCACUUUGCCCGAAGCCAGUGUCUCCGCCCCUCAGGAGAUCGACCCAAGCAGAGAUAAUGAGGUUCUCUUCACCUAUUCCGUCACCUGGAAGGAGAGUGAGGUGAAGUGGGCGUCUCGCUGGGAUACGUACCUGACCAUGAGCGACGUCCAAAUUCACUGGUUCUCCAUCGUUAACUCUGUGGUGGUCGUCUUUUUCCUGUCUGGCAUUCUGAGCAUGAUCAUCAUCAGGACGCUGCGGAAGGACAUCGCUAACUACAACAGAGAGGACGACAUUGAGGACACCAUGGAGGAGUCGGGGUGGAAGAACGUCCACGGCGAUGUCUUCAGACCGCCUCAGUAUCCCAUGAUCCUCAGCUCCCUGCUGGGCUCAGGCAUCCAGCUCUUCUGCAUGAUCCUCAUCGUCAUCUUUGUUGCCAUGUUGGGCAUGUUGUCUCCAUCCAGCAGAGGAGCCCUGAUGACCACUUCCUGUUUCCUCUUCAUGUUUAUGGGUGUAUUUGGGGGUUAUUUUGCUGGCAGACUCUACCGCACCCUGAAGGGCCAUCGCUGGAGGAAAGGAGCUUUUUGUACGGCGACUUUAUAUCCUGGGGUGGUGUUUGCAAUAUGCUUCGUCCUGAACUGCUUCAUCUGGGGGGAGCACUCCUCUGGAGCGGUCCCCUUCACCACUAUGCUGGCCCUGCUGUGCAUGUGGUUCGGCAUCUCCAUGCCGCUGGUCUACCUGGGCUACUACUUCGGCUUCCGGAAGCAGCCUUACGAUAACCCCGUACGCACCAAUCAGAUUCCCCGACAGGUCCCAGAGCAGCGCUGGUACAUGAACAAGUUUGUAGGGAUCCUGAUGGCGGGGAUUUUACCGUUUGGCGCCAUGUUCAUCGAGCUCUUCUUCAUCUUCAGUGCCAUCUGGGAGAAUCAGUUUUAUUACCUCUUUGGCUUCCUGUUCCUGGUGUUCAUCAUCCUGGUGGUGUCCUGCUCUCAGAUCAGCAUCGUGAUGGUUUAUUUCCAGCUGUGCGCAGAGGACUAUCGGUGGUGGUGGAGAACCUUCCUGGUGUCGGGAGGCUCCGCUUUCUACGUCCUCAUUUACGCCAUUUUCUACUUCGUCAACAAGCUGGAUAUCGUGGAGUUCAUCCCCUCCCUGUUGUACUUCGGUUACACCACCCUGAUGGUGCUGUCCUUCUGGCUCCUAACGGGAACCAUCGGUUUUUAUGCAGCCUACAUGUUCAUCAGGAAGAUCUACGCUGCCGUGAAGAUCGACUGAAUCCUGCGCUGACGCUCUCCUCCCACUUCUGUUUUUUUUGUCACACUUUUUUUUUUAAUGUUUUUAAUAUUUUUGUUGUUUUUGGUCCAACAAGCACUGACUGACAGAGCAGGGGUUGAUCUUCAUGAUGCAACAGCCCCAUCUGCUGGCCACAUGGUGGAACAACAAAGAGACAGCAGAGUCAGGCCUGUUGUUUGCAUCCCUCCCCCCUCCCCUCCCUGUGUGUGAGGACAGAGGACGUCCUCCUCUGCUGGGACAGCCGCCUCCUCCUGCACAUAAACACAUCGGGCCAAAGCUUGUUAGAAGAUUUUCUUUCCUGUCUUGAAGUUUUCAUUUUUUUCCACCUUCAGAUCGACGCGGGACUCCGUUUUUCUGCUAAUUAUCUCCUGAGAUGCGUUUUUUGCUGUGAUUUCGUCACAGUGACGGUGUCUUGCUCUUUUCACUGAUUGUGUUGUGGGGGGGGGUUGGUUUCCACCCAGAGACUUUGUGGGUCAUGGUUGUGGUUUUUGUGUAACUGGUGGGGGCUGUUUAACAUUGUACUACAGGAGAAGGUUCCAUUAAAUAUAUCUAUUACUUUUUUACUUUGGUUCUGUGUCCAGUUGGAACCAGUAUAACCCACAGCGAUGGCGCUCAUCUCCGCAGACCGCUCCGCUUCUUCUAAAUGUGGGACACGAGCUCCCGGUUCGCCUGAAAUGAAGCAAACUGUUUGGACGGAAUGGGGAGCAAUCAUUGGCCGAGCAGCCGGGACGAGCGACUGCAUUCAAACAGAACCUCCAGCAGUGUAGCCUUAGCAGCGCAGCGCCUGCAGAACUAUGCAGUAAUGGAAAACAUUCAAAGCUAAUAUUAAAGGACUCAAAAGAAAUCGCAGUAAAUCUUAAAAGUUUUUGCACCUUUUUUUAUUUUUAUCUGUGCUGUAUUUCUGGACGUUCCUCCAGUUGUUCUUUUAGCCAUUUUCACACAUCGAUGCUGAGCCUUUUAAGCACAUCAAACGAUGUCGAAAUCUGACCAUGUUUCCCAGAUCAGGCUUCAAUCCUCUGACAGCAGAUUUACACGCCGUCAAGAUGGUGGUAGGUAUGAGAAAAACCGGCUCCCAGCAUCGUUUAAGCUGACCUGCAGUAACCCCAGGCUCCUAAAACACAUCGGCAGUCCGAGUCGCUUCGUCAUCUCGGAUCUGUUGGCUUUUCCCCUCUGAUGAAAAGACUUUAGGAGUUAAGGACCCCUAAGAUGACCUGAAGGAUUUUAUAGACGUUUGCAUCUUUGCUCAGAGGAGAAAGUCGACUGAAGUCGUGGUUUCACCCAGAAGUUAUAAAAACGUAAUUGUUGUUCCCUUCCUGAGGCUUUCUAUGGGACAAACUCUGCCUUUCUGCACCUCACUAUUUCCUGAAUUUGGCGUAAAAGGAAAAGUUCAAGCCUUUAAACCAGAGUGGUUCCUAGAGGGCCCCUGCAAGGUUUUCCUGCUUCAGCUCAGAAGAUUAACAACAAUCCUCAGAAUCAGCUGUGCUGAAGCUGAGAAACACCGAUAACCAGUUAGGACAUGCCCGUCCUAAAGAAAUCAAAAUGUUUGUCAAAUUCUUCUUGUGAUGUCAAAUUAGUUCUAUUUAAACCAAGGAAAAUGAGCCUAAAUCAGUCUGAUAAUGGAACCAGAAUCUCUGUGCUCCGGCUGAUCGAAGGCCGACGCCGCUCCUCUCCUGCGGCGGCGAACACGCCAGGAGAGCGUUUUUUCUAAAGGCUCCUGUUUACGGACAUGAGCACGGAUCAGGUUCUCAGUGUAAAUAAGAGCUCUGUACGUGUUAGUUUGGCUGUUUGUGGCUCUGUAACGAUUCCAGUCAUUGUUUUAGCCAAAAGCAUGACGCUCUCUAUGAAGGAGCAAUGAUUUUGUUCUGUUUUUUACUUUUUUCUGUUUCUUUUACAGAUUGUCUAUAAACAAAAUGUACAAUGAGACAAUAAAGUGAUGGAAGAUUGAAUAUGAA